UUUGCUUUGCGCAAAAUCGCACGGUAACCACAAAAACUGUAGCAAACCAACCAACCAACCACACGUUCUUAUAUAGUCGUACUCUGCUCCGAAACGAAGAAACAGCCGUGAGCAGCUUGCCGUACCAUAUUACCCGUUUUGUGCCAAGCAACAGGGCACAUGAAGGCUGAGGCCAUGGCCAGUAGCCGCUGUGGUCCACUCGGAGCCUGCGUCCUUCUAAUCUGCGCCGUCGCCACGGCCGUCUACACCGCCUUCCCGGUGUCCGUGAACCCAUGCACAUACUCCCUGCCGAGGGCGCUCCUCGCCGUCUCCGGCCUCGACCCGUACAUCGUCUCAUGCGCAGCCGACGAAGACGCCUUCACCGCCCCACUUUCCAACGGCGGCAACGACGACAAGAAUAUCGGCGGCCCCAUCGUGACCAACCUGCUAACGUGCGGCAAGCCAAAGCUCCCGCCGCACGCGCUCCCGCCAUUCUACUGCUGCCCGCCGAUGUCGGCGUCGGAGCCGAUCGACUUCACGUUCCCGGACCCGUCGGAGCCGCUCAGGGUCCGGCGGCCGGCGCACGCCGUGGGCGCGGAGUACAUGGCCAAGUACGAGCGCGCGAUAGCGCUGAUGAAGGCGCUGCCGGACAGCGACCCGCGGAGCUUCUACCAGAUGGCCAACAUCCACUGCGCCUACUGCACGGGCUCCUACCGGCAGACGGCGCACCGGGAGCUCAACGUGCAGAUCCACUUCUCCUGGUUCUUCUUCGCGUUCCACCGCGCCUACCUCUACUUCUUCGAGCGCAUCGCGGCGAAGCUGCUCGGGGAGCCUGGGUUCGCCGUGCCCUUCUGGAGCUGGGACGUGCCGGAGGGGAUGAGGAUGCCGGUGGAGUUCGCCAACGCGUCGUCGCCGCUGUACGACCCCGUGCGGAACCCGCGGCACGCGCCGCCGAAGGUCGUGGACCUGGAAUUCGUGCGCAGUAGCGUGGACGAUAAAUUCACCGACGAGCAGCAGAUCCAGCAGAACCUCAGGGUCAUGUACAAGCAGAUGAUCAGCAAUGCUGCUCUGCCGUCCCUCUUCCACGGGCAGCCCUACCGUGCCGGCGAGUCUGACAGGCCGGGCGCCGGGACAGUGGAGCUGUUCCCGCACAACACGAUGCACACGUGGACCGGCGAUCUAGCGCGCCCCAGCGUGGAGAACAUGGGCGUCUACUACUCCGCCGGCCGCGACCCCAUCUUCUACCCGCACCACAACAACAUCGACCGCCUGUGGGAGGUCUGGCGCGACGUCGGCGCCGCCCGCGGCUACCGCGGCCACGUCGACUUCACGGACCCCGACUGGCUCGACUCCUCCUUCCUCUUCUACGACGAGGAGGCCCGCCUCGUGCGCAUCACCGUGCGAGACGUGCUCGACAUCGACAAGCUCCGGUACGCGUACGACGGCGUCGGCACGCCGUGGCUCGACGCCAAACCGCCUGCCACUCCCAACGUGAACACCAAGAAAGGCUUGUUGAAGUCCGUCAGGUUUCCGGUGUCCCUCGACGACGUUGCCGUGACCGCCGAGGUGAGGCGGCCGCGGGUGCUGCGGAGCCGGCGGGAGAAGGAGGUGCAGGAGGAGGUGCUGGUGAUCGAUGGCAUCGAGACCGACGGUGCGGACAUGGUCAAGUUCGACGUGUACGUGAACGCCGUGGAGUACGAGAAGGUCGAGCCGGGCGGGCGGGAGAUGGCCGGGAGCUUCGUGUGCUUGAUGCAUCCCAGCAUGGACGGCACAGGGAAGGGGAUGGGGAUACAAACGAGCAUGAGGGUGGCGUUGAACGAGCUCUUGGAGGACCUGGGUGCAGACGGAGACGACAGUGUGACCGUGACGUUGGUGCCCAGGAAUGGGAAGGUAAGCAUCGGAGGCCUGAGAAUCGUGUACAUGAUGGAGUGAGAUUACCACAGGAAACAAACCGCAUACGUACUGUAGAUCGCUUGAUCCUUUUCUCAUUCGAAGGCAAUCUUCGGAUAAUUUGCUUCUCAAUCUUUCUUUUUUUUUUAUACUGCGCCUUGGUGCAGUGUACAGCAGUACAUGUACACAGGAAUGGUUUGUGCUCAGUUGUUUUGUCUCAGGAGCUAGUUGUAAACCCACGAAUUGCGUGGUUAGGACGAGAACAAUUUUUUGAUACUGAAAACACAUGUAUAUAUUCAUAUUUGGAAACCUAGUAGUUGUACUCGUUUUGCAGAUCUUGGCACAAGUUGCACAAGCGUA